AAGGGUUGCCGAGAACUCGGGCUUCUAUAGGAGCGCAGCGCCUAUGAUACGGUCGAUUGUGACGACGACGAGAACGCCUUUCUACGCCCAGCUGUAUGCCGCCAUGGCACAGAGCAAGUAGUAGAUGGUGCCGCAUCCCUCUCACUAAUACCCCCGCAAGACGCACACCACCGUGUUAAAGCCGUCUGACCACUGCCGACCAUCCUAGCUAGUUCCGGUAACCCUGUAACCAUGCGGAACCGGCUUAGCCUCCAAGCCUGGGUUGAGUCUAUUCAGACAGCUGCCCAGGCCGAUGAUGAGGAAUGGCGCCGAAGGCUAGCGAAGAUGGGAAACGAGUUCGCCCAGGACACUCUGUCGCGCCAUGAUUAUGACGAAGGAAAGUGUCGCAACGUCCUUGUCAGAUACUGUGCACACAUACCCCGGAACUAUCAAUACCGGGACGGUGUUCAACUCGUGUUUUUGGUUCUGCGCGAACAUCUCGGAGACGAGAAUCUGGAUCUAGCUGGUGGCGUGCUAUACGAGUUGAUCGAAAUUGACUGCCAAUAUUCUGAUGACCCAGGUGCUGAGUUCCAACGUUGGAAACAUGAUCAUCUCAAUCGACAUUCCAACCUUGAGUUGCCCCAUAUACCUCAUAUGAGUACGAUCACCUCGUCCAUACGGCCCACAGUCAGUCUUGUGCGGUGGCGCCAGCAGCAUUCGAGUCGAUAUCCUAUCAGACUUUCAGACUAUUACCCAUCGACCAGGGUGGGCUCGAACGAGCCAAGCUGCAUACGCAGUCGCAAAGCUUGGAUGAUUGACCAUACUAUGUAUGUUUCGACCCGCGAGGGUGGCACCUGUGCUUUUCGCAGUCCCAACCCUAAAGAACUGCAUGAAAUGCAAUGGCAGCUUGGCACCGGGAGUGCUGGCAGGUUCAUCAAAGAAGAAGAAGUUAUCCCGACUACUUCGAUUCACCAAGGAGCGGAGACGAGCAACUUGAACGACAAUCCCGGUGACGAUACUAUUCCUGUGGACAGAUCAGACCUCAGAAGAUCCCUGUCUCUCCUCCGUGCGCUAAGAAAGAGAAGAGACCCUUCGAUGUCUCGAGAUGCCGGAGGACCGCCGCCUAGGAGCAAACGGAUUAGUUGGUUCACAAAUAUGUUUGGACUGGAAACGGUUCUCUCCUUUCGAGAAUCUCCUGAUCCGAAGCCUGUACCGCUGCCUGAAGGCUGCGUGACACCGCAUGCGAUUUUUGCUAGGAAAUUUUCCUUGAUAGCCGACAAUCAGCCUCUGCCGCCGUCGAUGUCUCACGAGAUGAUGCCGACAGCGGAUAUCAAAGCCAGGAAAUUGCUGGCGGAUGCUGCCGUGCAGGGAGUGAUGGGCUCUUCCUAGGAGUUUCGUGGCCCUUUCACACCUCAACUCGGCUUUGAUGGUGGACUGGACCAUCGACGAGUCUUUGUUGACCCUUCUGCUGCGUCAUCCCGCGCAAACCGAUUUCUAUCCCACGAGACAGCUGCCGAUUCUCGUAGGCAAAGUGACAUCGGUCCCCCUAAGGAAGCCAGGACACCAAAGUCCCAACGCGGCCACGACUGGUUCGGACUGGAUACCGCUACUCCAGAAUCCGAUACUCAAAGACAGAGUCCCCGUGCGAGAAGCGUUGGCGCCGAAAGAUCACCAGACAUGGCUCUCGGCGACUCUAUGAGGCGCGACUGCAAAUACCGUCCUCUCUCCAGCAGUAAUUGGUUCGGUCUAGAUGGUACUGUAGACGACGAUGUCGGGACGAGCCCGCAAGACCGAGAUCGCGCCCGUUGCAAGAGUGUGGUGCGCACACCAUGCGGGGUCGCCGCUAAGAACGACGGAUUACAAGCGC